GUGAGUAAUUAGGCUCUUGUUUUGAUCUGCAAUGACAGGACUAAAUGGAUACAUCUUUCUUUGUUAAAAAUACUGAAACUGGGGACCUUUUGGUGUUUGACACCCGUAUGUCCUAAGAUGGGGAACUGUUUGAAAUCACCAAGUAGUGACGACAUUUCACUAUUACGUGGAAAUGAAGGCCCAGAGGGUCCAGACAACCUGGGCCCCCCUCCACCGUAUCAGGAAAGGCAAAGACCCUCUGAGAGAUCUAGGGUACCUGUUUACCAUCCCUCCCCAAAUGUCAGUCGACCUGCAAACCAACUGACAGAGGAUGAGCAGAUAAAGAUUGCCAAACGAAUGGGGCUUAUAAGUCACCUUCCAUUAGGGGUCUACGAUGGAAGCACUAAAAAGGGCAAAGAGUGUGCAAUAUGUAUGUGUGACUUUGUGUUAGGAGAAUCUCUUCGAUUUUUACCAUGUAUGCACAUCUACCACAAAGACUGUAUAGAUGAUUGGUUAAUGCGCUCGUUCACGUGUCCAUCCUGUAUGGAACCCGUAGACGCUGCUCUCCUCUCCUCCUACCAGUCAAACUGAUCGUGAGUUUGUGAUACUGACUUGUGAUAAGGAUGGGGGCCAUUCCCUCUAUAGUCUCAUCCAGUGAAAUAUUUUGGAAAAAUUCCUGUAAGGAUUAGUGUAUGUUAGUAAUUAGCUCUUGUACACUUAAUCACCUAAUUACAUGCUGGGAUAUUGAAUUUUUCUGGUUGUUUUUUCAGCUUUUUUAUGCUUUAUGUACACUAUAUAUUCUCUGUGUUUAGGGCUAGUCAUUAUCUCUGCUGAUUGGCUUUUAUCCCCACAGUGACUCUUUAAAUGUUCUUUGUAAACAUCAGUCAACAGAUCACAUGUACAUGUAAGAGUGAUUAUUCUAAUUAUUGAUUAAUAAUCAAUUUUUUACCUUGAUAAAUGAAUGCUUUUUUUCUCUUAAAAAACACAAGUUGUGUAGGCCAAUCCCAUGCAUAUUUUAUGAGGAGACAGACUUUCCUAGAGAGUGUUUUAUUGGGGUUUUUUCCUCCCAGUUUUUCCUGUCACUGCGUUCAGUUAAUAAUUCAAAAAGAAUAAAAUUAAUUCAGUGAUCACAAUACAGAAUUGUUACAUUGUGUAUUCAAAUUUAUAAAAUGAGUAGAAAUAUUGGCACCUUGCUAAAUAAAAAUUGAUAUUAAAUUAAUGCACUUUAAAUAUAGAAAACCUGUUGUGAUUAGGUUUCACAAGUGGUGUUUUUUUUUUAUUUGGUGUGUGUGGGGGGAUGUUGAGUAAUUUUGAAAAAAAAACUUGGUUAAAUUACUGAAACUUAUGCAAAUUAAGAGAAAGCUUAAAUGGAAUGGUACAUGUAUGUCAUAGAUAGAAAAAGUAAUUUUUAGAAUACAUGUUAACAGCUUGAAAGCCUAAAUAUAUAUUUAUACUUUUUAUUACUAAGUGACUGUAACUGCACUUGAGACUGCAAAAUGAUACUAUGCUGAAACAUUACACUACAAGAUUUUUAAAAGGGAUUUUUUUUUCUUGCUGAAUCAGAUUUAUGUUGAAAAGUAGACAUGUUUAAAUUGUAGAUGGUGCUGAAGCUUUAUUGUAAUUUUUUUGUUUUUAUGAUACAUAGUUUUUUUCUGUCCAUGUUUUUAAUAUACAGAAUGAUUUUAAAUGGCAAUUCUGGGCAAGCACAUAUGUUGUAGUGAAAGAACAUAAUAUACUUUGGUUGCGGAAAUGAAGUAUUCCAAAGUUAACUUAACUAAACUAUAUCUGUAAAUCUAUUUUAUCCUGUAAAGCAACACAUACACAGAACUAUUUUUUUUUAUUUUGUCUUGUGUAUUUCUUCUCACAAUAUCAAAUACAAAACAAAAUUUACAAGAGAUUUUGCUCUUCGUUCUUGUAAUUCAGUUUCUACAUAAUGAUCUUUAUUAUUGUAUGGCUGGCCAGUAAUUUGCUGUCCCAAUGCAAAGUCAAAUGUAAAAAUAUUAUUCCAAAGACGUUUAUGUUGGUAUGCUUCAUUGCAAUUGGAGUUGACCGUGCUCCAUCAAAUGACCUUAUCAUGGUAAUAAUUGCAUUUAAUUAGGUUUUAAAUAUAUCACCAUGAAACCUUUGGUUUAUAGAAGUUUAUGGAACAUUGUUUAAAAUGUAUGGACUCUCUAGGUAGUCAAAAGUCAUGUGACCACAAACACAAGAAUGAUAUUAUCUUAUUAUUAUUGUUAUAUAUAUAAUUUAUACAUAAAAAAAUGUUAAAUGGAGAAGUAUACAAACUCCUUUUCAUCACUUGGUUUGCUUGG